AACCUCUGCCGCCAUUUCAGACAUGGUGAGAAGCCCUGCACGUUCGCAGGCCAGCAGGAAGAGCUCCCAAAGCGGUGGGAGCCGGAGAACAAUAUCGGAAUUCUCAGGUAGUUCUCCUUAUUCCGACGUUUCUUCUGUUAAGAAAUCUUCUUCCGGCGGGAAUCCUGUGGCGAUCGCCGUCAGAAUGGUAGCUGAAGUCUUCGGUUCCUGCUUUAGUCCUCCGGAAGCCACAUCUUCUACGGCUCCUUCUGUUGCUAGUAGCGAUAAGAGACGUAGUUCCAGCCAAGGGAUCUAUGCCAAAUCCUAUAAUUCGACUCAAACGACGGAACCUGGGGGUGUGAAAUUCACCAUGACGGAAAUUUAUAAAGCUACCAGGGACUUCUCCCCUUCCCUCAAGAUUGGACAAGGCGGGUAUGGAACUGUUUACAAGGGAAGGCUUGAUGAUGGCACCUUUGUCGCUGUUAAACGUGCGAAGAAGAGUGUUUAUGAUAAGCAUUUGAGUGUGGAGUUCCAAAGCGAAAUCCAGACAUUGGCACGGGUAGAGCAUUUGAAUCUGGUCAAGUUCUUUGGAUAUAUGGAGCAUGAAGAAGAAAGGAUUGUUGUAGUUGAGUAUGUUCCCAAUGGAACCCUCAGACAACACUUGGAUGGGGUGAAUGGCAAAACUCUGGACUUUGCUGCCCGACUGGAUGUUGGCAUUGAUGUGGCUCAUGCUGUUACUUAUCUCCAUAUGUAUACAGAUCACCCAAUUAUCCAUAGAGAUAUCAAAUCUUCUAAUAUCCUCCUCACCGAAAAUUUUCGGGCCAAGGUGGCUGACUUUGGGUUUGCUCGAUUGGGUGCGGACGUUGAUACAGGGGCAACACAUGUAUCCACCCAGGUGAAGGGAACUGCAGGCUACUUGGACCCUGAAUACCUGAGGACUUAUCAGCUCACAGAAAAGAGUGAUGUCUACUCAUUUGGGGUGUUACUGGUCGAACUCGUCACAGGAAGGCGCCCUAUAGAGGCGAAGAGGGAAAUUAAGGAGCGGAUUACUCCAAGAUGGGCAAUGAAGAAGUUCACAGAUGGAGAAGCAAUUAUGACGUUGGACCCAACAAUAGAAAGAACUCCUGCAACUAACCUUGCACUAGAAAAGAUUUUGGAGCUAGCCUUACAAUGCCUGGCUCCAACCAGACAGAGUCGGCCAACCAUGAGGAGGUGUGCUGAGAUCUUAUGGAGCAUCCGUAAGGACUACAGAGAGCUCUCUGUACCAGACUACAACCGUUCAGUCUCCUCUCGUUCCCAGAUAAGUUCAUCUAGUAGAGAAGAUUAAGGUUGAAUGAAAUCCAGAGCUUUUUGAACCUUG